CAUGGCGAGUUGUUCAGCCCGGUGCCAUCACAAGCCAGGGACCCGUACACACCCUCCACCAGACUGUAUGGAAGGAGCCCUUAUCACCCCUUUAGGACUCCCUCUAUCUGGUGAAUGGCAGACAUUGAUUCUCUGCUUAUGGAGACCCCUUGCCUAGUGUGAGGCGCUGCAAGUGGAUGACUACGUAUAGUGAAGACUGAGGCCGCCAAGGAAAAGGACAGGAGUUUUGACCCUCCAACAGACAUCCCACUCAUGUUUCAGAUUUUCUACCGUGACCAGACGGUCUUUCAAAACCAAGACAAAUAAAUGUUUUCCUUAUCUAUUGAAAAUCAAAAGAAAAAAUAUUUUCAUUCUUGUUGUAGACCACAAGAUGAAGUGUAGACCAAAUACCAAAGGAGAUUUAUGACACGUAGAUCACAUACCAAAGUAGCACCGUGCAAUAUUAUCACUGUCCAAUAUUCUCUUCAACAGGACAUGGUGGGGUGGUGGUGGUGGUGGUGGUGGGCGACAGGGGCUGCCCUGCUGUCUGGGGGACUGUCCGUCAGGCCUCCUCUGAGCGACGGCCGCUACCUCCCAGUCACACAUGAGCAGAAUGGCCAAAAACACAUCAGGUACACACGCCGCGCACCACGGCAGCAGUGACUGAGUAUGUAGGCGUUAUGUGUAAAGGCUUCACCUGGCCACGUGACCUACACUGCAUCCCGCUACCCUUCCCACCCACCACACUCAGCAAAGCCCCAGCGACCCUCUUCUCAAGCUGUCAGAAGCAGCGAUAACCCGCUGUGACUGAAAGGAAAAUAAACAUAUUCCUCCCACUCGCUUGUCCUUUUCCGACGUGAGGUGCACCGAUACCUUCCGGCUCGACGAGUAUUUGUUUAAAAUAACACUUCCUCCUCAGCAUAUGACCGAGGAGUAACAGCAAGUCUUUCCAGGAAGCGAGUCCCUGGCACAGACGUGGCCGCCAUCAGCCUCUCGCAUGGAAAAACGUGAGGCCAUUCCUCUCCCGCUGACUGACACUGCAAGGUUGGCGGGUGGGGCGGUGCUGCGAGUGGCUGCAGAGGAAUGGGUACCACAUAUCGCAAUCGUGGACCUAGGGGGUGGCAAUUUCACUAUUCGAGGACCCAUGGCCAAUCUGCUCCAUGCCCUAGCCCAAGCGCUUAACUUCAGCUACACGCUGGUGAGGCCGCCUGACGGAGCGUGGGGCAUCCCGACCACUGACGGGGACUGGAAUGGCAUGAUCGGGAUGGUGAAGAGAAACGAGGCUGACAUCGCCCUGGGUCCCUUCGGCCUCACUUACUCCCGGUCACGCGUAGUGGACUUCACGUCGCCUAUCCUCAUCGACUACUACCGCAUCCUGGUCCGCCGCCCCCGCUCAGAGCCCGACCCCAUUGGCUUCCUCCGGCCCUUCAGGUGGCCAGUGUGGGUGGGGCUGGUGGCGAGUGUGGGUGUAGCCGGUACGGUGAUGUUCUUCUCUCGUUGGUUCGUGAGACACCACUACCUCGGCCCCGGCAGCAGGAAGGCGGUGCUGACGGAGCUCAUGUCGCAGUGGUGGGCAGCGUACGGCGCCCUUCUUUCGCAACCCGUGGGUGGGUGGAGUGGUUCGCGGGCGGGAUGGCGCGUGGCGGCGGGGGCGUGGUGGGUGACGGCGCUGGUGGUGGCAAGGUCCUACAGCUCUGGCCUCACUUCCCUCCUCGCCGUGAGAACAGUCCCCGUCAGGUACGACUAUUUGACGCAGGUAAUUGCCGACGAGCAGCUUCACCUGGUGUUCGAGAAAGCUACUGCCCUCGUGGAGCACAUGUCGACUGUGCAGCGCGGGGUGUACAAGGAGCUGGCGGACACGAGGCAGCAGGAGCGGGCACACUUUCUCGCCUCCUCUGCUCUGUACAAAGCAGCUUACCAGCAGGUGCGCAAGGGUAGCCACGCUCUGCUGGUCGAGGACACCACAUGCAGGAAGGUUUACUCUGAUGAUUUUACGAAGUAUGGUCGGUGUGACUUCUACAUCGGCAAAGAGCAGUACUGGCCGCUCAUCUUCAGCCUUAUCGGUCGUAAAGGGUCGCCGCUCAUCCCAGUCAUCAGCGAAAUAUUGGAACAGAUGGUUGCCCACGACCUGUACUUCAAGUGGCUGGGAGACGAGCUGCCCAACGCCACAGCCUGCCUCCGGGCCAGCACGCGCGUCACUGUCAAUGAGCCCUACUCCCUCAAGGGCCUCUGGGGCGUGUUCGUGCUCUUUGCCGGGGGACUGUUAGCGGCCGCCACCGUGCUGUUCUGUGAGGUGUUGACAGUGUCCAUGAACCCUGCCACGGUCACUGCCGGUCAAUCAUACUGACGAUGACAACAACAAUUACUACAACAACGACCAUUACCACUAUUACAAAGAUCUUUCUACUACUGCCUCUGUUGUUCUAUUAUGAAAGGAUGAGAAUAUUUUUCUUACCAAAGGUGUUUACAUAGAGUCCGCAUACGAAGUCUAUGGUACUUACUAAACUGUUUAUAGUAAAAUGUAGUCGUAAUACGAUGAGAUCAUCUAUUCAUUUUUAUUAUUAUUAUUAUUAUUAUUAUUAACAUUGUCGUUCAUGUCACCAUUGCUAUUAUUAUUUCAUCUUUACACAAGUUACCGGUGAAAAUAGAAAAAAUCCAAUGAUAUAAAGAUUUACUGGGAUCUGAAUAAACACGUGACAUAUCCCUGCAGUGAGGUAUUCCUGUCAACCUAAGCAAUUCUUGUACACACUGGUAGUUACACACACACUUCAUCGACUCACGCGUCAGACACAGGCCCGCAUGCAUGAACCACACCGGCCUCUCAGAUUAUUUUUCAAAGGCCAGAGAGAUUAUUCCUUAGACUCUCAUGGUAUUUCUUCUCAAUGGUGAUGCAGUGUUUGUUAAAUCACUAGAAAAUACCAGUAACUUGUACUGCACCAUGUAAACAUCACUAUCAGAAUGGAGACGCUAUUGAAAACAUCGUUAAUUUAAACUAUAGCCUAUGAUUGUCAUCAACAUAAUAAAAAUAAC